AGAAUUUCUAGCACUCAUACGGUAGUAUUAUUAUAGAUACAUUAUGGUUAAAGCCCAUGAAAUAUAAAAGCACUUGUGCAUGCAUUUGUGCAAAAUAUGAAAAGAUCAUUUUUACCUAUAAAGUGUGAACAAAAAGAAAUAUUUGGCUGUCCAUGGAUUUUUUUUUUACAGCUCUCACUUCCCCUAAGGAGCCUUCUUACUAAUGUGCUCAAUUAAUUAUAUAGGACAGACUAGGCAAUAAAACCAAUCUGGCCUGGCCUAAAUGGAUACCUCAAUGCACAGGGGGAUGGAUAGUGUACUUCCCAGAAAAAGAUGUAAUAAUCACUACAGAUAAGUAUAAGACUGAUGCUCAUUUGCACAUAUACAAUACAUGUUAUGACAGGAUGCAAGAUAAUCCUGUUUGACGCUUUGGUAGAAAAAUCACACUGUGGGUUAUGGUAAGUCUCCUUAAGAGAGUAGUGGAAACAAUAAAGGCACCCCCUGCAGUAGAGAUCUAAUAUUGGCACACAAAGCAGCUGGCAGACUGUCCACUGUAAUUUUAGCGCACACUGAUGCAGAGGAAAGAUUUAAUGGGCAGUGGUCGGCAUACCCUCUUCUGAGGACGUAAAGGAGACAGAGUGGAGUGAGCAGAGAGGGAGGGGAGAAGUGGGAGAGGGCGGUGAGGAGAGAGAAAGGCAGCGUGAGAGGGCUGCUGUGGCUCAGAAAUAAAGUCAGGCAACUACCUGGAGCAGCAUGACUCUUUUAACACUUGGACUGUAUCUGCCACUGUGGUGCUGUUAUGGCCUGGCUCAGUCCUCAUUUCUGGACAGCUUUAUUUCAUUCCCAGCAGCUCUCAGAUCCCAGGAGCAGCAGAAGAGAUUCAGCCCAUGCUGUUUGCUGAGUCCACCUCCACCCCCGCUGUUUCCUCCACCCCCUUCACUUUGGCGCCGCCACGCUCAUAAUGAAGAUGUUUCUAUUACUAAUGGUGGUCAAUCAGAGACAGGCACUGAGGAGAAGGGGUCUGCCUGUGCCCAAGGCCCUCCUGGGCCUGCUGGUCCACCUGGACCUCAGGGUCCACCUGGAUUGCCUGGUAUAGGAGGGCCUAAAGGGGAAAAGGGAGAAAUUGGAAGACCUGGACAAAAGGGACGGACAGGUCCGCCUGGACUUCCUGGAAAGCAGGGACUAGCAGGAUGGCCAGGACCAAGCGGGCCCAAAGGUGAGAAAGGUGAUCCAGGGCUGAUGGGUUUGCCUGGAGCCAGAGGACCAAUUGGGCCAAGAGGUUUACCAGGGUAUAAAGGGGAAAAGGGUUCUCGAGGAGACCGUGGUGAGAAUGGAGUUAAAGGUGACAAGGGCGCAAUGGGUUUCCCAGGAAUGCUGGGACAAAAAGGUGAAAUGGGUCCGAAGGGUGAACCAGGACUGUCUGGAAACAGAGGACCCACUGGUCGGCCAGGAAAGAGAGGCAAGCAGGGUAUAAAAGGAGACCCAGGCAGUCUAGGUCCCAUGGGACCUGCAGGUCCACAGGGUACUCCAGGCCAUCCUGGUCCUCCUGGCACACCUGCUACAGGACUUUACAUGGUUGGAACAAAGGGUGCACGUGGCCCUCCAGGACCUCCUGGAAAGUGUAGCUGCAGCUCUCUCAGUAAUUCUCCAUUUGAUGAUUACUCAUCCAGAGGAAACUAUCCAAAAGUACCAGCGAUAUUUGUGGUAAGUAAUGAGGAAGAACUGGAGCAUCUUCACACAGAUAAUGCUCUUGCAUUCCGCAAAGAUCAGCGGUCUCUCUACUUCAAAGACAUUGACGGCUGGCUACCAAUCCAGACUUUCCCAUUCCAGCUGACACCGUUCCAAUCAAUGGAAAAUGCGCCUGAUGAUGAGGGUUACUGCGGUGAUGGGAUUGUGCAGAUUUCCAAUGGGGAGGAGUGUGAUGACAGAAACAGAGUUGUCACUGACGGUUGUGUCAAGUGUAAACACGCCUACUGUGGGGAUGGAUAUCGCUACGAGGGGGCUGAGGAGUGCGAUGGAAAAGACUUUGGAUACCAGACAUGUAAUUCAUAUCUUCCAGGGUCAUAUGGUCACCUGAAGUGCACACCAUACUGUGUUAUUGACUCAACAAACUGCAAGUACUUCACUUGAGGUGGAGGCUGGACAGUGCAGCGGGAUCCUCUGUUAUUUGCGUGACACAUAACAGGAAUAUUUUCAUGCAAAAAAAAAGAACAAUAAGGGACAAGCAAGAGACUCUGAAAGAAGAGGCAGCAAACGAUGAUGACAGAAAUAAACAUAACACAUAUAUAACUCCUCUAUUGCUGCUAAGAUGCCACGUAGCUUCCUGGAGUUAUAGAAUCAGUCGAUGGAGGCGAAACCUUCACACAUAAGCAAUGCGCAGGACAACUGCGCUCCGUCUUAACAAGCAGGACUCAAGAUUGACCUCAUCACCAUGCCCGACUGAACCGGAACCAGCCUCUGGAUCCAGCAGUUGUGUGACAACCAUGUAGAGACUUCAUUAGGUGGCAGUAGGAAAUUUUGCAGAGGAUCAGUGGCAGGGCCAGAGGCAUAUUAAUCUUGACCCAGUUACUGGUAUAAAUAAAUGAAUAAAUAAGAAGAGAUGGUAGGACAUCCAGAGUCAUGGCCCCAGGUAUUCUACUGGAGUUUGAAUGACAGUGCACAGCAUUUGCAUGAGGCUAGGAUUACCAAAUGAGCGACAGCAGCUGUCACUAUCCAAGCAUGUAACCUAUCACUUCUAAUUGCCACAACAAGGCUUGUACUGUUUAAUCUCAAUAUCACAUCAGUCACUCAAUAUCACAUCAGUCACAAUUAUAGCUGGAAAUGUAAAACCAGGUGAAGAAUGAGAUCAGUGUUUGCCUGGGAUGAGGAUUAAGGCAAAUAUAGUGUAAUAUAGUGUAUUAAAGAUGUGUUUCCACUAAUGAAGCCUAAAAAAAUCACUUCAAGCCACACCCUACGUCUCCCAGGACCUUGGAAACCUCUGUGGCUCUGUUAGCUUGUGAUGGUACUGUACUUGACAAGGACAUGGUCAACUUUAUACAUCCAGUAACUUCUCAGGAACCAACAGGUAACGUAGCUCCAUGUACUAGACUCCACAGGCAUCCUCUACGACUCUGUAGAUUAAAUGGCAGUGACUGUACGCAGAGGCACACAGGUAUAAGAAACUGAAACAUUACAUUUAAUGCAUCAGUGAUGUGCAGUUCUGUACAAUGGAGUUCCUCCCCUAUGCUUCACUGAGAAAUGAAUUAUGCUGUAUGUGAAGGCUUGAAACUGUUAUGUCCUUAAUUAUAUCACUGCACAGGAAAGGCUGGAAUUGUCUGUAGCUGCUAAAGGGGAGGAAUUCAAUUCCAGUCUGUUUUAUGAUCAUUACUGUAUUUACUCUAAUACCUCUUUAUCCAGUCUUUCUGUCUUACAGUAUACAGCAACGGAUACUCAACAGUAAACUUAACCGUGUAAAUGUAGUCUGCUGUGUCUUGGGCACCAAUGGUGAAAAUGACUUUGCCGAUAUAAGCUGACAUUUUCCAUAAGCUACUGUAGGAGUCGCAGUGCCAAGGGAGACCUUUUCUUAGCCAUAUUUAGCUGUUGGUGGUGUUCUAAGAUCAACCUCUGUUAAAGCAGGUGUACAUACAAAAAGAUAAAGACUGUUACUAUAUUGUGUCUGCAUGCUAAUGAGUGUGAAAUGCUUCCACUUUGUCCAUGUCUGUUUUGUAACUCAUCAUUGCAUUCAUCAGCAUAGCAGGUGUCUUAAAAGAUGUCAGUCUGUGCAGAGUGUAGAAAAAUACUGUAUGUAUGACACACUUUACACAAUAGUUGUGUGAUAAACUGUGCAUAAACAUGCACAAAGACGAAAUGCCUUUUGGAAACUAUGUGGACUGUUCUGUCUGUGGCCUGUACUGCUGAGUUGUAUCUUGUACUGUGUAUGCACAAAAAUCCUGAAACUUAACAUGCAUGUGGUGACGUACUGUGAGGCUUUAAAAACUAUAGGAUGCACUGUGACUGAGAUAGUGAUUUUUUUUCUCUUUUAUUAUUCUCAUAUGAUUUAUACAGUGGUUGUGGGCAAUUAAAACUGAAAAUAAAAUGGGAAUUAAAUAA